CGGCCGAGCCGACAGGUGUGCGCGUUCUAUUUAAACCAUUGUCCGUCGCUUGGCAAAGCCAGCCCGCAACUCCGGGAGCCAGCAGCGAUAACUCAGAACCAACCAGACACACACAGACACAGAACAGAGUGAAUUUAAGGAUGGAAGGGGAGAGCGGGCAAUAGGAGAUUUGUACUCCCGGGACGAUUGGGAGAUUUUUCUUCGCUGAAGGUACACACAGGGAUCGGUAGAGGAAGAUUACCGCUUUCUGCAGCGGAAGGGUCCGGAUUGCUGGAAAUCUUGGUUUCAAUGAAGUGAAUUGAAGACGCGAGAGAGAGAGAAGAGGGGAAAACAUUCCAGAGCCGGCGUGACGUUCCCCCGAGAGAGAGAGGGGACGGAUAGUGAGAAUCUCUGCAGCUUUUUGAACCAGGCGGAUCUGACACAGACAGACCUUGACAGAACACCGUACCCAGCUCUCUCUCUCUCUCUGACAGGGAGUCAAUGUAGAGCGGUCCUUAAAUAAACCCCGCACCAUCCUCCGGCCGAGGGAGCAGUCCCGGAGCAGACCGACACACGGACAGAGGGAGGAGGCAGGAUUAGAUACAAUCCGGGCCAGUUCGACAUACCUCUCCCUGCGGUUCCCUUCUCGCUCUCUCCCUCUCUCUCAAUCUCUCUCCCCUGGACAGUGGUAUCUGUGACCUGACUGCGUUUCCUUUCACGGUUUUUUUUCUCUCUCUCUCAACUCCACGUUCCCGGAGGUUCCUUGCUGUCCGGCCCCAUCUCUGACGGGCGAGCCCCAGUUAAUUUAGCCCCUUCACCAGCGGUCUGCCAGCCUUCGGGAUUAAAUCCGGAUUCAACCCGCUCCAGGGAGUCUCUUUGCAGACGAUAGGAGUACACACUGUGUGUGUGUGUGUUUUUGUUAUUCCCCCAUCUCUUUCACUGACAAUUAAAUCAUCCAGUUAACAAGAAUCUGCAACAAACGAGCUUCAGGAUGCGGCUCCUGUCCCCACGCCUCAGCUAUCUGUGCCUGCAACUGCUGACCUUUUGUUUCCAAGCUCAGGUAACCUCUCAGUCACCGCCUAAUUUUACACAGCACGUUAGGGAGCAGACCAGGCAGACGGACCGGCUGAGCAGGAGGUUAAUCCGCACCUACCAACUCUACAGCCGCACCAGCGGGAAACAUGUGCAGGUCCUGGGCAAGAAAAUCAACGCCAAAGCGGAGGAUGGAGAUAAGUACGCCAAACUGAUUGUGGAGACAGACACCUUCGGGAGCAGAGUCCGCAUUAAGGGAGCCGAGUCCGGGUUUUACAUCUGUAUGAACAAGCGAGGAAAACUGAUCGGCAAGCGAAGCGGGAAGAGCAAGGAUUGUGUCUUCACUGAAAUUGUGCUGGAGAACAACUACACGGCUCUGCAGAACGCCAAGUACGAAGGAUGGUUCAUGGCUUUCACCCGGAAAGGGAGACCCAGGAAAGGGUCGAAGACCAGGCAGCACCAGAGGGAGGUGCAUUUCAUGAAGAGAUUACCCAAAGGUCACCUGUCCUCUUUGGACAGCCACAGACACUUCGAGUUCAUCAACUACCCUUUCUCGAGCAGGACUAAACGCACCAGACACUCCAGGCCUCGGUAGAAACAGCCACCGUCCCCAAGGUCACCACUCUCUCCAGUGACCUUUACUGCAGAUAAUGGAUGGACCCACUCUGUCUUUUCUUUAAAAUAAAUGAGAUGCUUUAUUUUUCUAUUCAACUCCAACUGAUGAGACUACAUCACCAGGCGUUUGGGAAAAUAAUUCAGUCUGAAGUAAAGUUUAAAUAGUUUUCAGAACAAGAGAAGGACAGGAACACACAAGGAUUCUGUGACAGGGAAAGGGAAAUCCUUCCAAACCUGAGCUGCUGGUCUGUUUGAUUCCUAAGCUGAGAUGAGAGCCUGAGACUGGUUUAUUGUUGUAUAUAAAUGAGUUAGCUAGCUAGAGUGGAAGGAUGGAAGAUUUACUUUUAUUCUCCCAUGGUCCUCUUCAAAUGCUGCUUUUGAUACGUCUUCACUUAAGUGUGAUGUCCUGAGGAAUGAAUUACCAAGAUAUCUACAAAACAAAAUCUGCUGGACUUGAGUUUAGCCCUCAGUUCUGUCCCUAGGUAUUGUUACAAGUCAUUCGUUGUCCAACUGCAUUCUCUGAAUCUUAGAACAGACAUACACACUGCAAACAAUUAUAACCUCAAACUGUCUUAAUAUUUCUCCAUUUUCUUACUUACCUAUUUUAGUACAACACUGUAUUGUUGCCAAGAAACUGGCAUAAUGUCUUUUGUAUUUUUUUUUGGAGAAUUGUGUAAAAUAAUUUUUAAUGAGAAUAUUUAUUUAAUAACUGUAUUAAAUUUGUAUUAGAAUACAGAAAGUAAUUUGUGUGAUGUCACUGUAAGAUAGCACAGGAUGUCAGGGAUUGUGUGAGACAUGAAUGCUCCAGCAGUUAGACAAGGGAACACAAAGAAAAGGCAGAUAAAUAAAAGCUCACGUACAGAGGGAAAUGGAAAGAGAAUGGAGAGAAGUGAAAUAUAACUCUGAGAAAGAGAAACUGAAGAGAAUGAAAGAAAUAAAAAGAAGGAAGGUUGGGAGAAGUCAGGGACAAGGAAGAAAAUGGCAUAGUGAUAAUGCCACUGGACUAGUCAUCUGUAAACUGAGACUACAGGGAACUUGGGUUCGAAUCCCACCAUGACAGUGGAUGCAAUUUAAUUAAUAAAAUGGAAUAUAAAACUAGUAAGAGUAAUGAAGACCAUAACAACCAUCAAUUGUUAUGGAAACCCAUCUCUUUCAUUGAUAUUUGUCUGGAGAAGGAAAUCUUUUGUCCUGACCUUGUCUGGCCUAUCUGUGACUCCAGACCCAGAGCAACAUGGUUGACUCCUAGCUCUCCUCGGAAAUAGCCCAGUAAGCCAUUCAGUUCAAGGGCAAUUAGGGACAAGUAACAAAUGCCUCACUUGCCAGCGAUACCCACAUCCCAUGAACGAUUUUUAAAAAUGGCUAUUAAGGAUUGUCCCACCUCUCACAUCAUAGAAUUGUUUUGUAUUUCGAAUAAGCCUAUAUUGUCACCUCUGUUUCAUUUUAGUGGAUCAUUUUAUUAGAAACUUCUUUUAAAUUCACCUUUUAGUCAGGGGUCUUGAAAAGUGUAAAAACAACACAUAUACAAUUAGAAAGAGGUGGAUUUGUGUGUGUAAGGGGAAAUACUUCCAUCACACUGAGGUGGAUAGAUAUACUAAUAGAUAGAUAAACUGACAGGCAGAUGACUACGCAGGUAAAUACUAUGACUUUUAGUAUAAUAAAUUGGGGAAUGCUUCCUGUUAUUACCUUCAGCAAAAUAAUAAAUAUAUCUUUAUAUGUUUUACAUGAGUUUACCAUCUCAUAUCAUAGUUGCACAGAUCUAGAAUCAAAGGCACAAUUACUCAUUGGAACCGAGCUCAGCUAAUUUGCAUAUACUUUUGACGAGUAAUGUGCUCAAAACAACUGGUCAGUGUUAUCUACUGUCAGGCUCUGUAUAAA